UGCCAAAGGUCGUUUGUUCUGAACACGCAUAACUGGGUUCGAGCUUUCACAACACACAGCCUGGUGAACUCUAUUUGGUGGGCAAGCGACAGUGAUUAGCACAGCGAAAGAAGAGAAAAUGCAUUACUGGGUUCGAGCUUCUUCCUCUGAUUUUGUUGGAACACUUCCUCAACCUCGCAGUGGUCACACGGCGGUGAUUGUCGGUAGAUCAAAGCUGGUUGUGUUUGGAGGCCUUGUAGAGAAGAAGUUUCUCAGCGAUAUCGUGGUCUAUGACAUUGAUAACAAAUUAUGGUAUCAACCAGAGUGCACUGGUGGCUCUGAUGGACAAGUUGGUCCAAGCCCACGAGCAUUUCACGUUGCUGUUGUGAUUGAUUGUCAUAUGUUCAUCUUUGGUGGGCGUUCUGGGAGCAAGAGGUUAGGUGACUUUUGGGUCCUAGAUACUGAUAUAUGGCAAUGGACAGAGUUGACAAGUUUUGGUGACUUACCUUCUGCACGAGAUUUUGCUGCAGCUUCAGCUAUAGGAAAUCGGAAAAUUGUUAUGUAUGGUGGCUGGGAUGGUAAAAAAUGGUUGUCAGAUGUGUAUGUCUUGGACACAAUAUCACUAGAGUGGAUGGAGCUGUCAGUUACUGGGUCCUCACCUCCACCCAGAUGUGGCCAUACAAUUACCAUGGUUGAGAAACGGUUGCUUGUUUAUGGUGGCAGAGGAGGUGGAGGUCCAGUACUGGGUGAUUUAUGGGCUUUGAAGGGUCUAAUCGAAGAAGAGAAUGAAACACCUGCGUGGACCCAAUUGAAGCUUCCAGGACAAGCUCCUUCUGCUCGGUGUGGCCAUACUAUUACAUCAGGAGGGCACUAUCUGUUGCUCUUUGGCGGCCAUGGAACUGGUGGCUGGUUGAGUCGUUAUGACAUUUAUCACAAUGACUGCAUUGUUCUAGACAGGGUGUCUGCACAGUGGAAGCGCUUGCCUACUGGCAAUGAACCUCCUCCUGCUCGAGCAUACCAUUCUCUGACAUGUAUGGGUUCACGCUAUCUGCUAUUUGGUGGCUUUGAUAGAAAAUCAACAUUUGGUGAUCUCUGGUGGUUGGUUCCUGAAGAGGACUCCCUUGCAAAGAGAUUACUUGCAGCUUCGCCAAAUAUCCAAAAUAUCCAGAAUAAGGAUGUGGAGAUGGGAAACGAAAAUGUCCAAAAUAUAAAGCGGGAAAGCCAAAUGGAAGAAUCUGCUGUCUCGGAGUUACAAAAAAGAUUAGGAAUAUCUGUUUCUCUUCUUGGUAAUGGGGUUCCAAUUGUGGAUGAAGUGGAAGACAAAGAAUUCAUUCAACUGGCUUCAAAUUUGGUUGGAGAAAGAGUCUUUAGUGACGAACGGGUUUCUGAUGUUCAGGCACUUCGUGAACACUGGAGGAAAUCUACCCCAAGGCUUAUCCCACUUAAGGAGCUUGGACCCUUGCUUCGGGACUACCAACGCCUGAUUACUCGUCGUCUUCAGAAUUUUCUUCGUGGCUAUAAUAGGGUGAAUAGUGGAUCUGAUAUGCAGUUCGUCGAGUCCAGUUUUCCUGGAAAAGCGGCUUAUGGUUUUUACCAUAUAAGAAAUGUUAACCAGUUGCGUCUGGAUGACAUCCCAAAGCUGCUGGCAGAGUACAGACAACUAGUGCCAAAUUAACGGACAGAGCUGGAAAAACGAAAAUGAAAAGGCAACUCCUCUAAAAGAUAUGUCCUAACCAAUCUACAAUUUCAUCGAAGUUAUGGUAUUGUAGUGCUCUCAUGUUUCACCGGCACAAACCUCCAUCGAUGAACUCGUUGCCAGACUGGUGCAAAGAUGUUGUACAUGUCCGCUAUAAACUCGUCGAAAUCUGCUGCAGCUUUAGAUGCUUGUCUUAUUUACUUUGUCAUAACUUUGGUGGACCUUUCUAAGGUAUACAGGUUAAGACUUUUUGAGUGUAUAUAUAAACUCUUAUCUCGGACA